AUGCUAUCAGCAAUAGGUUCCAUACCCGAGCCCCAAAACUUUGCGCCUAGCCCAGAUUUCAAGUGGCUUUGUGAAGAGCUAUUUGUGAAAAUAGAUGAAGCUCAAUUUGAUGGGACAACUGGAACUGGUAAAUCAAGAUCUUUAAAGUACUAUGAAAUAAUUUCGAAUUUCGUUGAGAUGUGGAGAAAAACCGUAGGAAAUAAUGUAUAUCCAGCACUGGUUCUCGCUCUUCCCUACCGCGAUAGACGAAUCUAUAAUAUUAAGGAUUACGUAUUAAUAAGAACUAUAUGCUCUUACUUGAAGUUGUCAAAAAAUUCUGCAACAGAGCAGCGGUUGAAGGAUUGGAAACAGCGCGUAGGUAAGGGUAGUAAUCUUUCUUCUCUUCUUGUGGAAGAAAUUGCCAAAAGAAAGACUGAACCAAGUGGAAAAGCGAUUACAAUUGAUGAUGUCAAUGGCCAUCUAGAUGAAUUAAGUAAAGACAGGAACGCUUCCGGACGAGGAUUUAGGAAUCUUGUCAAGUCAAAUCCUUUUCUAUAUUGUCUGGAGAAUAUGAGUUUUGUCGAGUUAAAAUACUUCUUUGAUAUCGUGCUUAAAAAUAGAGUAAUAAGAGGUCAAGAGCAUAAAUUUCUAAACUGCUGGCAUCCUGAUGCUCAAGACUACCUUAGCGUAGUAUCCGAUUUAAAGGUAGUAACUUCAAAACUCUAUGACCCAAAAGUUCGUCUAAAGGAUGAUGAUUUGAGUAUAAAAGUUGGCUUUGCAUUCGCUCCCCAAUUGGCCAAAAAGGUGAACCUUCCAUAUGAAAAGAUAUGCCAUACACUACAUGAUGAUUUCUUGGUGGAAGAAAAAAUGGACGGAGAACGAAUUCAAGUUCAUUAUAUGAAUUAUGGUAAAUUCAUAAAAUUUUUUAGUAGGCGAGGUAUCGACUAUACUUAUCUGUACGGAGCAAGUUUAUCAUCAGGAACUAUAUCGCAACAUUUGAAGUUUACAAAUAGUGUUAAAGAAUGCGUUUUGGAUGGUGAAAUGGUGACGUUUGAUGCAAGGAGGCAAGUAAUUCUCCCGUUCGGUCUUGUUAAAGGAAGUGCGAAAGAAGCGUUAUCCUUUGAUAAUAUAAAUAACGUUGAUUUUCAUCCCUUAUAUAUGGUGUUCGAUCUAUUAUACCUUAAUGGGACCUCGUUGACACCAUUGCCUCUUCAUCAAAGAAAGAAAUAUCUGAACAGAAUUUUAACACCUUUGAAGAAUAUGGUAGAAAUAGUACGAUCAUCAAGAUGUUAUGGUGUAGAAUCAAUCAAAAAGUCUUUGGAAGUUGCGAUCUCACUGGGUUCGGAAGGUGUUAUUUUGAAAUAUUAUAAUUCGAGUUAUAAUGUUGCCAGUCGAAACAACAACUGGAUCAAGGUGAAACCUGAAUAUUUGGAAGAAUUUGGAGAGAAUUUGGAUUUAAUAAUAAUAGGUAGAGACUCUGGAAAAAAAGAUUCUUUUAUGCUAGGGCUACUUGUGCUAGAUGAAAAAGAAAUGUAUAAAAAGGACCAAGGAAACUCCUCUGAAGUCGUAGAUGACUCAAAUCAAGGAGAAAACAUCCAAAAUUCAAGGAAAAAGGUGAAAAAAAUUCUUUCAUUUUGUUCCAUUGCCAACGGUAUAUCUCAAGAAGAAUUCAAAGAGAUCGACCGCAAAACAAGAGGACACUGGAAAAGAACGUCCGACGUCGUUCCCCCUUCCAUUUUAGAGUUUGGUUCAAAAAUACCUACCGAAUGGAUUGACCCUAGUGAAUCUAUUGUUCUAGAAAUAAAAUCGCGGUCUUUAGAUAACACGGAAACAAACAUGCAGAGGUAUGCUACCAGUUGUACUUUAUACGGUGGCUAUUGUAAAAGAAUACGAUACGACAAGGAGUGGACAGAUUGUUAUACACUUGACGACUUAUAUGAAAAUAGGGCGGCUAAAGUUAAUCCUAGCCAUCAAGCGGAGAAGUCUCAACUUGGAUUGGUACGCAAAAAGAGGAAGAGGGUGCUAAUUUCAGACAACUUUCACCAAAACAGGGAACAAAAGCCAAUUUCGAACAUCUUUGCCGGAUUAUUUUUUUAUGUUCUUUCCGACUACGUUACCAAAGAUACUGGAGUAAGAAUUACACGAGGAGAACUUGAAGACAGUAUUGUGAAACAUGGUGGUAAGCUGAUAUAUAAUGUAGUUUUAAAACGUCAUUGCAUUGGGAACGUUCGUCUAAUCAGUUGUAAAACCACCACGGAAUGCAAGGCUUUGAUAGAUCGAGGAUACGAUAUAUUGCACCCUAGUUGGGUGAUCGAUUGUAUGACAUAUAAAAAGCUCAUUCUGAUCGAGCCAAUUUAUUGCUUUAACGUCUCUCAAAAAUUGAGAGCCGUUGCUGAAAAAAGGGUGGACUGUUUGGGUGAUAGUUUCGAAAAUGAUAUUUCGGAAGUUAAACUGUCGUUAUUGUAUAAAUCACAGCUAAGUAUACCACCGACAGGGGAAGUCGAGAUAGAUUCUGAAGUCCAAUUGUUUCCAUUAUUUUUGUUCUCCAACAGGAUAGUAUACAUACCGCGUUGCAAAAUCGGUAUGAAAGAUGAGAUUUUAGAAAUGAAAAUUAGGUUGUUUGGCGGAAAAAUAACAGAUCAACAGUCUCUUUGUAACUUAAUAAUCAUACCAUAUAAUGACCCUAUUUUGAGAAAAGACUGCAUAAAGGAGGUAAACGAAAAAAUAAAAGAGCAAAUAAAAGCUUUCGAAACUAUACCCAAGAUAGCCAGGAUCGUUGCGCCUGAAUGGGUGGAUCAUUCUAUAAAUGAAAACUGUCAAGUGCCUGAAGAAGAUUUCCCCGUAGUCAACUAUUGA